UAUCUCGUGCUCCUUGUUUAUGUACAUUGCACAUUGCUCAGCUGCUCGGCGAUUUAUUAUUUUUUGCAUUCGUGCAAAAUAAAAUGAAAUAUUUAACGUAAAAAAUAACUAAAAUUGAAAAUAAUUAUGGCGACAAUAACCACCACCACCCUUUGUGAUAAUUGUUGCUCCACCACGAACCCGUUAAAUUUAGUGUCAUCAAUCUUCCAUCAAGAAGAGAAGGACGACGGGGAAACGAUUUCAAUUUCGAACGGACUUUCCUCCCUGUUUUCGUACUGGAUGGGGAUAAACGACGAUAAGGUCAUUGACCUCACUGCUCCUCUCGUCCUCCAGUUCUGUCCCGGAUGUGUCCACAUAUUUCGAAAACUUCACAAAAUUUCACUACAAUUUGCAAAAUUGAGCAGCAAGGAGGGCCAAGUCGCUAAAAGGUUGGCGGAGCUGAGGCUGACCCAAAAAAUUAGAUUAUCAUCGCCUCCCCCCACUUUUAAGGGAGAAGAAGAUAAGGUCAGGCGCUCACUACGAGGUCAAAGGAAGAAGCAGCAAGGUCACCCCGUGAAAAAGGAGGAUAAAGCACAAGUUAAAGAUGACCUUCUUGAUGAUAAGCAUGACCUUGCAUUUCAUAUUAAAGAGGAGGAGGAAGACGAAGAGGCAAAUUUAUCCGCCAGUGAGACGAUUGAUAUUAAUUCCGUUCAGCAGUACCGUGGCGAUAAGAUUCUGCCUGGAACGGAGGAUACCAUACAUUUUGACCAUGGUACGAGCGAAACGCGUGAUUUUGGAGGAGAUAAACCUAAUUUCAUUGAGGCCGAAGACGCUGGUGGUGACUUUGGAAGCGACUACGACGACGACUUUGCAAUCGAUCCCCUCAAAUUAUCCGGAAAUGAAUCCUCCUCCUCUAAUUAUUCGCCAUCGUCCCCCUCCUCUGGCGACUCUGAUAACGACAUCGACGCCCCACCAAAACCGAACCAAUGUCCAAUUUGUUUCAAAACAUUUGUCUCCCUGGAAACAAAAGACCGUCACUUUCGACAACAACACGACGAAACCUUUAUCCCGCUACCUUGCCCUGUCGAUAACUGUGACCUCACUUUUAAGCGGAGGGACCACUUAAGGAGUCACUUAACGAGGAUACAUCCCGGCGUUCCAUUUCCUCCAGAUCUGCAGCGCCAAACGUACAAGAAAAAGAAGAAGAGCGACGACGACGAGGGCGCAAAACGAAUUCCGUGUCGUGUCGCCACCUGCGACAAGACGUACUCACGCACCGACCACAUGCACUUCCACAUGCGUGCCGUGCAUCCAGAAGUUCCCAUAGAAACGGAAAGAAGAGGAAAGACAAGAAAAACGGUAACCCCAAAGGUGAAAAAGGUCAAGGAAAAACGGAUCCGCAAGAAAGUUGUCAGGAUUAAGAAACCGUGUCCCGUUUGUGGCAAGGAAUUUAGAGCGUGCAGUUUGAACACGCAUAUUAAAACGCACACGGAUGAGCGAAAUCACCUGUGCAACACGUGCGGAAAACUGUUCCGGACCUCACGAAUCCUCCGCCUUCACAUAAACGACGUUCACAUCGGAGAGAGAAAAUAUUCCUGUCACAUCUGCGGAACGACUUUUGUACGAAAAUCGGCCUACGACAACCACAUGAAGAACAUUCACGAGGAGGCGGAGAAACGCUGGAUUUGUGAAACUUGCGGAAAAACGUAUCGCCAAGAACACAACUUGAAGGAACAUGUGAAAAUGCAUUCCAGCAAGAGUUUCGAGUGUCCCAUUUGCCAAAAAAUUUUUAGCAGGAGGGCCAACGUCCGGCUGCAUGUGAAAGGAGUGCAUGAAGGGGUCAAGCUAAGGCCGCCCAGAGAGAAGAGUAAAGCUGGAGGUGGUGGUGUACGUCGCGGGAGGAUUUCGGGGGAUCAGAGGGGCACGGAGUACGAGAGAGAUGACGAUAGUGUGGAAAGUGAAAAUAACUAUGAGCAAUAUCAGCACCACGCUUAUCAAAGUGGUCAUCAUGUAACUCAUCAUCAGAUGUAUUCUUUAUAAGUUCACUUAUUAAAUUGUAUUUUAGUAAUAAUUCCAUGACGAAAUACAAGUUGAAGAUAAUUGUCGUAAAGUGACAUUAUGUAUGGUAGAAAAAUUAUUUUCGAGAACGAAUUUUCAAAAUAAAUAUGUUCAUUCAAAUAUA